AUGAUGUCAUCCUCAUCAUCAUCGUCGGCUACUAAUGAGAUCAAAUCAGACGGGUACUACCGCAAGGACGGAGUCCGCAUCACCCACGAUCCCUAUGCCCCAGGAAUGGCGGAACAUUAUGGACUUCCUGGUCAGACGGACAACGAAGGCUUUGAUCCUUAUGCGGAUACGGUCGGAGCUGGAAUUUACAGCGGUUCUGUAAAACGAGACGAAAGUGGCAAUGUUUUGAUUGGAAAGCAAUAUCAAAAUCACAAUCCUCGUCCUGGACCAAUCUACGAUGGAACUGGAUAUUCCUUAAUGUCCAAGGCCAUUCAAAUGGGGCCAACCAAGGUCCAAGAAAUUCUAAAGGACUAUCCGGAACUCAAAGAAGAAAUCAGCACGGGUGGAGCCCGUCCCUUGCACACCUGCGGCAUGUCGAAGACCAAUCAACUGUCCACCCAAGUAUUGAUUGAUGCUGGCGCUGAUAUUUACCAACAAGAUACCUAUGGUUACACUGCCUUGCACCGAAUGGCAAGCAACAAUUUGGCCAUUGGCGGAGAAGCCUUGGUCAAAGCUGGUCAUGAUCCCAACAUGCCCAUGGAAGGAGCCGAUAGCACUCCCAUUGAAAUUGCCCGACGAUCACGAGCGAUUCAAUUCUUGAUGAAGAUGCAAGAAAUGGGUCAUUACGAUUAA